CAGGGUUGGUGGUUGCCUGUUGCUGGGCAACGCGUGCCACGUAGUGAGGAAUCAAAACAACACUUAACCUGCAGGACCGCUCCCUUUUCGUCCAGGGUUGACGAAGUUCACGACCCUUCCCAUCCCUCCCCACCCCGUCCCGUCCGAGCCCAUCACGCAGACAAUCGAUCAAUCGGCCCCACAGAGAACCGUGCACUACAUGAGACACGGUCGCUAGAGCAACCAACUAUCGAAAGCAUCUUUUCCGUCAUCUCGAAACGAUAAACAAUCCGUCCCGCGCUCAGACCAUGUCCUCCUCAGCCUCCCACAAACGACGAGAAUCCACCGAACGCGACCCACUAAGCCCGCCGCGCUCACCGAUGUACUCCGACGAGGACCUGACCGACAUGUCCUCGUCGCUGAACGCGCACGUCGCGACCGUCGAAGACGACUACGAGGAGGGGGAGGGGGGGCGCGAGCACAUCCACCACACAACGGGGUCUACUGCGCCGUCCUCCCCACCGACGAGCAUCGACGCCGCGGCCGCGGCCGAAAAACAAGCCGCGUUUGCCGCCGCCGCUUCGAAGGAAUAUGCGGGCGCGCAUCAUGCCACAUCGAUGUACUCCGACGAGGACGAGGAUGACUUCGCGUUCCGACACCAGCACGACACGCCUGUCGAUGAUCCCGAAUCGCAGUGGGAGUCCGAUGGUCCCCCCGUUGCUGGCCCUUCCGCGCCGAAACUGCACUCGCACAGCAGAACGCAGAGUAAUACCUCGACUAAGAAGUCGGCCACCCCCUCGGCGCCCGGCGGCGGAAAGAUGUUCUCCAAGUCAUCGCGGCCGGUGAGUAAAGGGCAGCAGCAACAGCAGCUUCUCCACCCGAUAAUCCCCAGCGGCACCGCGCAGACUGCCGGACGGCGGAGGUCGACGCAUUUCUACUCGUCGCGCGCGUCGUCGGCUAGUUACAAUGAGGCGGGGAAGGACGGGCAGAAGGCGCCGCUCGUGCUGCUGCACGUCACACUGCUGUUCCUGCCCGGUGCCGAGGAGGCGAUUCUGAACAAGAUCACGCCGACGAUGUUGGAGCGGGGGUUACUGGUUGAGCACCCUCGUGGCGACUACCAGCUUCUCGAGGAGCUCAUCAUCGACUCGCUCGGACUUGACGACGCCGCCAUCGCGGGUAUGGAGGGGGACGACGACGAGGAGGAGGAGGAAGACGAGUGGGCGAAGUCUCUCGGCGUGCGGCGCGUCAAGGCAAAGAGCAAGUGGGAGCUCCGGGUGUAUGCUGCGAACGGGCUGAUGACCCCCGGGGCGUGGAAGCGCGUCUGGGGCGAGAUGGAGCGUGUCGACGUCGAAGUCGGCCCGAGGAACUGGCGCGCUAACGGCGUGGCCGCUUCCUCGAGCAUGUGGAAGAAACUGUUCUCGUCGUCGGAUGCGAACUCGACCGUGAAGGCGGGUGAGUUGAUGAGGGGUCUUGCCCGUGGAAAAACGGGACGCAUAGAUGGUCAGGGGAGGAAACGACAGAGCAACGCCGGACUGUAUACGCCGCCGCAGCAGAACGACGUCAAGAGGCUCUCGAUGGUUGCUGGCGGAGUGAUGCUUUUGCUUGCCUCAUCAAUGGGACUAUUUUGGACCCUGAGUGGAAAGCAGACGUGGACCAAGGAAACGGGCAUCCAGAACCAGGUCACCUAUUCGGCGGGGGGCGAUGGUGUUCCGCAGGUCAUCGUCAACGAGGAUACCGGAUUGGUCGAGGUUCUAGGCGGCGUCGACGAGUUGGGAGCAGCAGUGGACGGAGUGGAGAUCGCUGAGACGUCCGACCUCGCUGCCGACCCCGCUGCCGAAACACUCCCUAUCUGCGGCGAGGAAGGACAGUCUGAGAAUCCGCUCACUGGUGAAGAAACCCUCGACAGCGAUACGACGGCAACGUCCACCGCCGAGUGCGUCAAGGCAUCAACCACGGAAACUACCGAAUGUGAAUCUUCAACUCAAGACAAAGCCUCAUGUAUCGAUGCAGCUCACAAGGACGACCAAAAAUUGGCUGGCGAUAACGUUGAUAUCGAUGCGUCUAUACCCUCCGCCGAAGCAAGUGUAGAAGCUCAGCUCUUACCCGAUGUCGACGCCGAUGCCGAACCUGUACUGCUCGACUUUGCGGGAGAAGAAACCACUUCUGCGUCUGGAUGGUGGAAGAAGACGUGGUAGAGGUGUUUGAAAGGCUAGGAAUUGCGGGUGGUUUCGGAGAGGAUUAUCUCCUGUGUUUCCCUUUUUCCUUCGUCGUUUGGGGGUGGAUGUCGUGUUGUUUUGGACCCUGAAGUUUGUUUGCGUCAUUUUUGCCUGGGGAGAUGAUGGUGAUUUUGGAUGAAGGUUUACGGUGGAUAAUGAUCAUGUCUGCAUGGCGUGUACGAGAGAUGAUGAGUAAUGAGUUGAUGGCCGGAGAGAUAAAAUGUAGUACUUCAUAUACCCAGUCUUCUAGAUCUGCAACGUACUUCGAAGACGUCAUGCACG